GGAAAGGCUGGCCAGGAUCCUUCUCGGCGCUUUUCUUGCCUGAAAUGGUUUUUUAAAUCUCCUUAAAGUGCACUGGACCAUUUUCCCAGCUGAGGCCAUGCUGCAGGGCUUAAGCCUGAUUCCAUGAGAUUUUGGCCCUCCAGCCCCCAGGACUGCCCUGACCCAGCAGAUGUUGGAGGGAGAGGAAUGGUGUUAAUCCUCGGCGCUGCCACCUCUGCUGCCCUGACCUGUGAAGCCCCUUCACUCACGCUCCAACAGGGAACGGUGCUGCUCCAUUGUGGUUUUUGACCAUGAGUCAUGAGGAAUAAACCAAAGCACUGAAGGUCAUCGUCCAAGGAAAUUGUUAUCCACAUUAACAAGAUUAGAAUAAAAAAGGCACAGGAAGAUGUAGUGUUCCGGCGGGAGGCGCAGGAGCCGGAGCGAGUGCUGGGCCAGGGGCUCCAGGCGGGAUUGCCCUCCCUGCCACGGCCUCACCAUGUCCAAGAAGGGCUCCAGCAGCCGGGCCAGAGGGGACAAGCCGGACGCCUUGGCCGCCCUGCAGGCUGCCAAUGAGGAGCUCAGGGCCAAACUCACUGACAUCCAGAUAGAGCUCCAGCAGGAAAAGAGUAAGGUCAGCAAGUUGGAAAGAGAGAAAAACCAGGAAGUGAAGCAGAUCAAGGAGCACGAACAGCAUAAAAGCACCGUGGUGGUCACAGAGCUCAAAGUCAAACUGCAUGAGGACAAAAUGAAGGAGCUCCAAGCUGUUCGAGAAGCACUUCUGAGGCAGCACGAAGCUGAACUGCUCAGAGUAAUAAAAAUUAAGGACAAUGAAAUCCAGAGACUGCAGACCCUGCUCAACGCCGUGCGCGAUGGGGGUCCCGACAAGGUGAAAACGGUGCUGCUCUCGGAGGCCAAGGAGGAGGCCAAGAGGGGCUUUGAGGUGGAGAAAAUCAAAAUGCAGCAGGAGAUUUCUGAGCUGAAGGGGGCUAAGAAACAAGUGGAGGAGGCUCUAACCAUGGUCAUCCAAGCUGACAAAAUCAAAGCAGCAGAGAUCAGGAGUGUGUACCACCUGCACCAGGAGGAAAUCACCAGGAUCAAGAGGGAGUGCGAGAGAGAGAUUCGUAGACUGAUGGAGGAGAUUAAGUUUAAGGACAGAGCAGUCUUCGUGCUGGAGAGAGAGUUAGGGGUGCGAGCCGGGCAUGCUCAGAGACUGCAGCUCCAAAAGGAGGCUUUAGAUGAACAACUCUCCCAGCUCAAAGAGUCUGACCGGCAUCUGAGCAGCCCCAAGCGGGAACUUCCUUAUGCAAGUGGUGCAGGAGACGCUUCAGAUCAUUCGGGAAGCCCCGAACAGCAGUUGGAUGAAAAGGAUGCCCGGCGCUUCCAACUGAAAAUCGCGGAGCUGAGCGGCAUCAUCAGGAAGCUGGAGGACAGGAACGCCCUGCUGUCGGAGGAGAGGAACGAGCUGUUAAAACGUCUCAGAGAAGCGGAAAGUCAGUAUAAGCCCAUUCUGGACAAGAACAAACGCCUUAGUAGGAAGAAUGAGGAGUUGUCACAUGCCUUACGUCGAAUGGAAAAUAAAUUGAAAUUCGUGACACAAGAAAAUAUCGCGAUGAGGCAAAGAACUGGAGCAAUAAGGAGACCAAGCUCCUUAAAUGACCUUGACCACAGCCAGGAAGAAAGAGAAGUUGAUUUCCUGAGACUACAAGUUGUUGAGCAGCAAAACAUCAUUGAUGAACUCUCCAAGACCCUGGAGACUGCUGGCUAUGUGAAGAGUGUCAUGGAACGUGAUAAGUUGUUAAGGUUCAGGAAGCAAAGGAAAAAAAUGACAAGAAUUCCUAAGAAGCCAGUUGUGGAGACAUUUUACGGCUACGAUGACGAAGCUUCCCUGGAGUCAGAUGGUUCCUCCAUCUCCUACCAAACUGACCGGACAGACCAGACCCCCUGCACUCCUGAGGAUGACUUAGAAGAGGGCAUGGCCAAGGAGGAGACAGAGCUGCGGUUCCGGCAGCUAACCAUGGAAUACCAGGCCCUGCAACGAGCCUAUGCCCUGCUGCAGGAGCAGGUCGGAGGGACCCUGGAUGCAGAACGAGAAGUUAAGACACGUGAGCAGCUCCAAGCAGAAAUCCACCGGUCCCAGGCUCAGAUAGAAGACCUGGAGAAGGCCCUGGCUGAGCAGGGACAGGACAUGAAGUGGAUUGAGGAGAAGCAAGCACUCUACAGAAGAAAUCAGGAACUUGUAGAAAAGAUCAAACAGAUGGAAGCCGAGGAAGCUCGUCUGAAACAUGAUGUCCAGGACGUGAAGGACCAAAAUGAGCUUCUGGAGUUCAGGAUCUUGGAGCUGGAAGAGAGGGAGAGACGGUCCCCUGCCAUCAACUUCCUGCACGGCCCGUUCACAGAGGGGAAGAGCCCCCUCCAGGUGUACUGCGAGGCAGAAGGUGUAACAGACAUAGUAGUAGCAGAGCUGAUGAAAAAAUUGGACAUUUUAGGGGAUAACGCCGUAAGUAACCUGACCAACGAAGAGCAAGUAGUCAUCAUACAAGCAAGGACUGUCCUCACAUUGGCUGAAAAGUGGCUCCAGCAGAUUGAGGUGACGGAGUCGGCGCUGCAGCAGAAAAUGCUGGACCUGGAAAACGAGAAGGAGCUGUUCAGCAAGCAAAAGGGCUACCUGGACGAUGAGCUGGACUUCAGGAAGCAGUCCCUGGACCAGGCUCACAAGCAAAUUCUGGAAUUAGAAGCCAUGCUCUAUGAUGCCCUGCAGCAAGAAGCUGGAGCCAAAAUUUCCGAACUUCUUUCAGAAGAGGAGAAGGAGAAGCUGAAGAGCGCCGUGGAGCAAUGGAAGCGGCAGGUGAUGAGUGAGCUCCGGGAGAGGGACGCCCAAAUCCUGCGGGAAAGGAUGGAGCUCAUCCAACACGCACAGCAGAGAAUUAAAGAGCUAGAAGAAAGAAUUGAAGGCCAAAAAAGACAAAUAAAAGAGUUAGAGGAAAAGCUUUCAUUCUUUGGUCAUAGCCCUUCAGGCCACAUGCACAAGCCUACUGAGAGAGCUACAGCUGCUCCUGCUGUUAUUCCCAGGAAGACAGCCCUGCUUCCUGAGACCGAAACAGAGACAUUGCCCUUUCCACCCCCCCAGAUCUCUCUCAUACUUUGCUACUGGCAAUGGAAGGUGCAAUCCUUGUGACCCUUUCAGACUGGGGCUGGACCAGGGGGUGUGGAGAUCCCUGCACAGGCCACAUCCACACCACUGAAAUCCCUGAUGGAGUGUUUGGAAAAGGCAGAACUAAGCUGACAACGAAAGCCAAAAACUCUCUUCCUCCCUCUCCUACAGCCACAGGCUCCUUCCCCAAGUCCUGGCUCUGCUGCUUGAACUAACCUCCAGUGGAAUCCUGGCUCUGCUGCUGGACACAGCUCUUGGCUCUGUCAGGAGCAACAGAACUAAUUCAGAUACACUGAAUUAUUUUGGUUCCCUGCUAAGCAGGUGGCAAAUUGCUUCUGUGUAGAAGUGCCCGUGUCCUGUUUGUAUGUCACACGUUUAUAUUUGUUAUCCAUAGUUCUUUAAAAAUCUCUUUUGAAAGAAGACUUUAGGAAGAGUUCCAGAGGAGUAGCUCGUGACAAGAUGAAUAGAAGUGAAAAUGAAGUGGUUUGUUCCAAGGUAUUUCUUUGUAACACAGGGUUUGUCCCGUGGUUUGUUGAAUAUCCCAAGAGCCCAGUUUUAGGGAAAAUCAUGAAGCUACAUUCAGGAAAUCAAGCUGUAAUUUUUUUUUUGAGUUUUCAGAAAACCAUGAUGAGCAAAAUGACACAAUAAUUUAUAAUUUGCUGUCCCUGAGUGAUAAUAAAAGGCUAAACACUGUCCCAGCAAAAAGUUCAACCUGGGAAAGAGUGAACUAAAACAAUUAUCCCUGAUCCACAUGUGCUGGUCUGGGGGAGGCAGCAAGAGGGAGCAGAAGAUGUUGUCAACUGGAAGAUGAUGUCAGCUGGAAAACGUCCUCACCUUGGGGAAAGGGAGCACAAAUCCCACAGAUCCCAAGCCCAGGAGGCUGGUGCAGGAACCAGAAGGGAAAAGGAAUCCUCUAGAAAAACAGCUGAAGAGAGGAAAUCCAGAAGAAAUUCCAGACUGUCAUAGACCACAUGGGAUCUGCAGCUGAGCACAGAAACCCAGGGCUGUGGGGCAAGGCCAGGAACAAGGUCCUGUUCACAGCCAUGGCAAAGGUCCCAUCCCUGGGAGCACAGGGCAGGAAGGAGACAGAGCUCCGGGCAGGUACCUGCACUGCUUCCAAAGCUUGGCUGGAGUUUGUAAAGCUACGAAGAAAACCCCUUGAUACUAAAAUUCUAAACCCUCUCCCCACACUUGUACACUGACCACCUCUUUUAACCCAGCACAGGGAGCUCAGCUAUGGAAACGGAGUAAGUUGUUCAAAUGUGAUAUUGGUACUGGAUGGAUGCAACGUUUUAAGGCAAAGGUUGUGGAUUUUGAUAUCAGCAAAUGAUUAUAUUAUGGAAUUAAUUUAACAAACUCCAAUUCUACCAGAUCCUGAUACCAGUGCUGGGAUUCCAGGAUGAGCUGCAUUUUUGCUUCUGCAUUUCUCACCUAAAACAGGUCCAUUUUGAGUUCUACUGAAACACUUCAUGUCUUAAAAUAUUGUAUUUACUGGAAGCCCUGCAGGUGAUGGUUGAGGUGUGUGUUAGGAAGUGACUUGGGUCCAUCACAUGGCUCUUCACUCAGGCUGUGCUCUUGCCUGUUGUGUGUUUCUGUCUCAAGUAUCAGUUCUGUUUUCCCAUUAACUUGACUUCCUUAAUCCUGGGGGUUUUAAUUACAAAGCCAACUGUACAGGACAGAUCUGUGUGUAAAUAAGGGAUUGUGCUUAUCUAUAUGUCAAUGUAAAUAUGUAAGAAGAUUUGUACAUAGGAAAGAAAAAAUGGCUCCAAGAAUGUUUUCGGAACUGUUUGCUCUGUAUAAAUGCACAGAGGGGAUUGACAUCCAUGUGCUCCCUGACUCCACAGGAAGGGAUUCCGCUGGGUUCUUGGUCUCUGUCUGUGACCCCUCUGGGCUCUGUGUGAUGAGUUUGUUCGAUCAGUCCCUGGCCGUGGCUUGGGGCCGAGCUGGAGCCGGUGCUGUCCAUGAGAUGAGCUGUGCCAGGUCUCAGCUGCUCCUUCCUCACCUCUGGCUCUGGUGCAUCUUCUAAAACGCGGUCUCCAAGCCACAGGACCACGGUGAGGGGACAGUGCCCUCACCUGGGGGGUUCCUGCAGCCCCUCGGUGCGGGUGUACAGCAGCAGGAGGAGGGGGGGCCACCCCUUCACCCCAAACCCACCGCCAUGUGUGUGUCAGGCCUGGACUUCUUGUUCAAGCUGUUUGAGGAUGUGGCUGUUAUUUCCAGUAUUCUGCUUUAUAAUAUCUGUAGCCUUCAGUGAUUCCUUGAGUGCCUUACACGGCUUGUGAACUGAAUUCCUGACCAGGAAGAGACAAUGCCCCUGAACCGGCACCAGCUCCUUGGCCCCGGCAGCGUGUGUGUGCACAGGAACAGGUUUAGCUUCGACUCAGGAAAUCGCCCUGUGAAUACGUGUAUUAAACCCUGUAUGAUGUGUUGUACAGUUUAUAAAAAGGGAUUAUUGUAAACUUAUGCAAAACAUUAACGCGGAGAAAAUGGAGUUUUUUGGUCCCCUGGCCGGUGUGACCUGUGUCCUCUAAUCCAACCCCAAAAUCAUAUCCAAAAUACAGAACAUUGGGUUCAGUGCUGCAACAGCCCAAAACCAGGGGCUGGAGCGAUUGAGUACAGAAUUUUACACAUAUUUUUGUAUCGUGAUUCCUAUGAUAUAUAUGGACAGACUUUCUAUUCCUUUGUAAAAUACAUAAA